AUGGGCACGCCGCACACCCACGCCCGUCCGGCCACCGACUCCGGUCAACCGAUCGAUUUGCCGUCCGCCAGGCCGUCGACCACCCCGUCGAGUCCGCAACAACAUGAAGGGGGAAUAAACCGAGACCUUGCUUCAGGCGAUGAGACGGCCACGGCACCUCCGCGCGCCGUCGGUACUGAAGGAACCAUAGACCUCAUCACCAGCGGUGACAAGCAGAAUAGCAAGUCGGCGCCCGGAGCAACUGCAGGAUCUGUCGAUGCCCAGUUUGGGUCCGAGGGUCAGUCGGCCUCGUCGCUGUACUCGGGGAUCGCAGAUAACCAAGGCAUUGCCCUGGUCGCAGGGGUUGUCAAAGGCGAAGACAAAGCAGCGGACGCCGUAGCCGUCUAUGUCGUCGACCAUCAGCAAGACCGGCACCCUCGCAUUCCAGAGUUAUUAUAUAACGGUACGGUUGAGGAACAACAAAGUGAGAUCGUGGCGCAAGUCACAGAGCCUAUACAUCGACUCCAGCUGCUGCCCCUCGGGCACAAUGGCCACCGUCCACUAUACUCGGCCGCAAUCAGGGAGACGGAUGAGGAGCUGAACGACGAAGAGUCGACUGUGGAAUGAGCUGGCCAUGGAGGUAGAAUAUGAAAGGAUGAAUGAACAAUUGUCCGAACCGGAGCAUCGACUGUCUGAGUGGCGACACUAUCGUCCAGUGUUUGCUGCCCCUUCACUAGUUCCGAGCCCGACGGAGAAACGCCGCAAGCUAUACUUUUUCAUGAUAGAAUUGUCGCAAAAGAAAUACCGAACCUCCAUUUUUUGCC